AUGGCCAACCAAUCCACUGUGAUGGAAUUUCUUCUGAUGGGAUUUUCUGAUGACCACAAUGUACAACUCCUACAUUUUGUCAUGUUUCUAUUCACUUACUUAGUAGCAUUUACUGGCAAUGUACUCAUAAUUUUUGUUGUGAUCCUAAACCACCACCUUCACACCCCCAUGUAUUUCUUUUUGGUCAACCUAUCCCUGACUGAUAUUUGUUACAUCACAACCACUGUCCCCAAAUCAAUGGCAGUUUCUCUGACAAAUAACAAAAUGAUUACUUUUCCUGGAUGUGUUGCUCAAGUUUUCUUAGUCAUUACUAGUGUAUGUUCUGAACUUUCCUUGCUUACCAUCAUGGCUUAUGACCGUGUAUGUUCUGAACUUUCCUUGCUUACCAUCAUGGCUUAUGACCGGUAUGUAGCCAUCUGCCAUCCCCUGCAAUAUAGUUUUAUCCUGAACUGGGAUACCUGCAAUCAAAUGGCAGUUACUUCCUGGGUUAGUUGUCUGCUAUAUACAUCUCUACAAACGGUCAUGACUUUCCAAUUAAACUUCUGUGGGCCAAACACAAUUGGGCAGUUUUUCUGUAAUAUUCCUCAGUUACUAAAGAUUUCCUGCACAGAUACAAAAAAUGAUUGA